AUGGUUAUCUGGAUCGCUCUUCAGGGAAAAAUGGAAAAAAAGGGGGCAGCAAAGCAUUUACCAGAAAACGCGAGCUUAGUGAAUCUAGAGCAUAGAUCACAUUCAGAAUACAGCAUCUAUAGUAAAGAACACGCAACCAUAAUGGAAUUAGAAAAAAAGACCACAAGUACAUAUGUGGAUAGUGUUGAUGAUUCAUCACUAGAAAAAUACGAUCAACAAAUCGAUCCUUUUGAAGAUUCACCUAUAGAAGAAGUUAGAGCCAGUAUACCCCCUACAGAUGAUCCUACAUUACCUACUGCCACUAUUCGAUCAUGGUUUUGGGGUCUUGUCUUCUCCGCAGCCAUUUCAUUCUGUAAUCAAUUCUUCUGGUUUCGUGCAAACCCUUUGGUUAUUAAAGUCAUUGUAGUCCAACUCUUAGCUUUCCCAGCAGGCAAACUUACAGAAAGAAUUUUGCCCAACUGGACCGUACCUCUCGGUCGCUUCAGCUUCAGUCUCAAUCCAGGCAAAUUUUCAAUCAAGGAGCACGCGCUCAUCACUGUCAUGGCCAAUGCAGCUGCCACGCAAUUUGAUGCUAUCGAUAUUAUUGUUGUUCAAAGACUCUACUACGGCCAGAAUUGGGGAUUUGGUGGUGGCAUUCUACUUGUUUUGACUACCAGUGUAUUAGGUUUCGGUUUUGCUGGUAUCUUGAGACGAUUCCUCGUACGUCCUUCCACCAUGGUUUGGCCCAUCAAUUUGGUCAAUGCCACUCUAUUCCACACCCUUCACAAAGAUACUCCCAAAGCAGUGGAAGAUGACGAAGCUACCAAACCAGGACUUAGAAUAUCGCGUGAACAUUUCUUUUUGUUGGCAUUUGCAGGUUCUUUCUGCUGGUAUUUCUUCCCUGGCUACAUCAUGCCUGUUUUGACCUCCAUUUCUUGGAUUUGCUGGAUUAAGCCUAACAAUGUUUUGGUGUCUCAAAUCGGCAGUGGUCUUCACGGUCUUGGUAUUGGCAGCUUUACAUUAGAUUGGAGUCAAUUGUCUGCUUGGUAUCCCAGUCCUUUGGCUAUUCCUUGGGAGGUGCAAGCCAACAUGUUUGGCGGCUUUGUUUUCUUCUUCUAUAUUCUCAUCCCUAUCAUCUAUUACACGAACACCUGGGAGAGCAAGAAGUUUCCCUUCUACAACACCCACCAGUACAAUAUUUGGGGCGGCAAAUAUGAUCGUAGCCGUGUUCUGACGCCUGAACAAUAUCUCAACGAAGAAGCUUAUGAAAAUUACUCACCUAUUCGUAUCACAGGUAUUUUUGCUGUUUGCUAUGGUCAAGGUUUAGCUGCCUUGGGCGCUAUGGUCACCCAUACUAUCCUUUACAACGGCAAAGAUAUUUGGAACCGUGUUAAAAAUGCUCGUCAAAAAAAUGAUGAUAUUCAUGCCAAGUUGAUGGAUAGUUACAAGGAGGUUCCUGAUUGGUGGUAUGCCGUUCUUUUCGUCAUUGCUUUAGCUCUCAGUUUUGUCACAGUUAUAUGCUUCCCCUCUGACAUGCCGUGGUGGUCCCUCAUUAUUGCUAUUGUUUUAGCUCUCGUUUGGCUCUUGCCUCUUGGUAUCAUUACUGCCAUUACUUCUCAAGCACCUACCAUUUCUAUGAUUACUGAAUGGGUAUUCGGUGCCAUCCGUCCAGGUCAUCCUAUCGGUAACAUGAUCUUCAAGACUUACGGUUAUAUCACUGUCCGCCAAGCUCUUCUUUUCACUCAAGAUUUGAAGUUGGGUCACUACAUGAAAAUUCCGCCUCGCCAUAUGUUCACUUUCCAAAUUGUUGGCACUAUCAUUGCCUCUUUCGUGAGUCUUGGCACUACUAACUAUUUACUCGAUUCUAUCAAAAACAUUUGUACGGAAGCUGCGUAUCCCUGGACUUGUCCUAAUGCCGGUCUAUUUGAUGCCUCCUCUGUCAUUUGGGGUCUGAUUGGUCCUGGUAGAUUUUUUGCUAAGGAAUCUCUGUAUCAUGGUCUUCCCUACUUCCUUUUGGGUGGCUUCUUGAUCCCCAUCCCCUUCUAUCUUUUAGCUAAAAAGUUCCCAAACACCUGGGUUGCCAAGAUUAGUGUUGCUGUUGCUAUGCUGGGUCCUUCUCCCUACCCUCCUGCUCCUACCAACGUUGCCCCCACUUGGACAUUGAUCGGUUUCAUUUUCAACUUUUUCAUCAAGAAAAGACACAAUGCUUGGUGGAAAAAGUAUAACUAUGUGUUGUCGGCUGCGCUUGAUUCUGGUGUAGCUAUUUGUGCUAUUAUUAUCUUUUUCGCAUUCCAAAAUACCGAAAUUCACUUCCCUUCGUGGUGGGGUAAUAGCUCAGGUUCAGUCGAUCAAUGUCCUUUAGCCACUGCCAAUUGGACCGGUGUGGAUGUCUAUGCCUAA